AUGGCUGACCCGGAAAAACAGCCCGAACAACCAAAGGCUGGCCAGCAGAAGCUGAUCAUCGGUAAGCGAAUCAUCGGUGCAUUUAUACUCGAAAUAUCGCGUCGCGUUCAAUCUGCCGGUGGAAGGAUCGACCGGAACGAGAACGUGCUCGUUAUUCGCCACGAUCGCCCGCAUGUAAUGGCGUCUAGGCAAGCAGCAGACGUUGAACCAUGUGGUGGCAUGUGCUCGGCAAGCCGGCUCCAAUCUCCUCCCUCUUGUCCGUAUUUUCCCCAAUGUCGUGGCAAAUCAUCCAAUUUCCAAUAUACCUUUUUCUUUCCUUUCUCUUUUUUCUUCUUUUCUUUUUUUCUUCCCUCUUUUUCAUUUCUUUCUCAUUCUCUCUCUCUCUCUCUCACACACACACACACACUCUCUCUCUCUCUCUUCCUGCGUUUCUCUCUUUUCCUCCCUCUUUACUCGCCUCUUUCUUUUCUCCCCUUUCGUCUUCCUUUUUUUCCAAGUGAAAUAGCUCGGCACACGCUCUUGUUGGACACCCCGUUUCGUUUUACGAAAUUUCGUUUCGCUUUCUAUAGAGAAAAAGAACGAGAGAAAACGGAGUGACGCGUACAUUAGGACGAGCAAACAAACGCUUUAGGACUACGCGCCACGAUGUUUAAUGUCUCUCUUUUCUUUCUUUCUUGCCUUGUUCCCUUCUCUCUUUGUUUCAUUUCAUUUCAUUUCAUUUCAUUUCAUUUCAUUUACUUUACUUUACUUUACUUUACUUUACUUUACUCUACUCUACUCUACUCUACUCUACUCUACUCUACUCUAUUCUACUCUAUUCUACUCUACUCUACUCUACUCUACUCUACUCCUCUUUGUUUCACUUUGCAUUUUUUGUUUUGUUCGUACACGAUAACCUUAAUUCACGUAUCGAACAGAUAAAAAAAAAAAUUAUAUGUAUAUAUAUAUAUAGAUAAAAUAUAUAAUCUAAAAUCUAGUGAUUACAUCAUAGUUACAUCAUGGUUACAUGCCCUAGUGGUUUCUAGAAAUUUCUCUGUCCUUUUUCCACCCGUUUACGUUUCUAAGCGUGUCUCUUCGUUAAUUGUACCAAAUAUAUACUAAUUUUCGUUAUGUAAGUUUCGGAUUUGUUCGCUGAACGUUCGCUUCCGUUCGAACGAUUCGUUUUCGGUGAGAACCGUGCGCGCUGCCAUCGUCCGCUUCCACUUUAGGUCGACUUUGCGGCAAUUUUUUCUCCUCGGGCGAGAAAUAAACGGGAAGAAAAAAAAAGAAAAAAAAAAAAAACUGUAUUUUCAGGAUUCGAGAAAAAGAAUGGAAAUACAUGUGUGUUUCAAUGUGUGAUCAUUGUUCCUAGUGUCUGUUUGUUGGUCGGAUUCAAGGGGAAAAAUCGUGGAACGUUUGACGCGCACAAGCGGUUGCCAACCAAAACGAAAUUUGAAAAUUUCCGCUUACUGUUUACCCAUAACCGCUGCGAACGAUCAGUGACACGGACCGUUCGCCAUGUAAACACGGAAUUACGCCUCAACCGACUUGUCUUUGAUUACAAAGAGGAUGGAAGUGUAACCACGCGGCUGCUUUUCUCUCGCAAUCAAAUAUUAUUUAAUCGGUUAUUUAUUUGAAACGAACAACAUUUAUUUCCGACGUUGACACUAUGGUUAUCGUUAACUUAUCGAUAUUUAAAUUUGCGCGUAUCCGAGUUUGAAGGAAGCGCGUCUGUCGAGUAACGCGACGCAAGGUUACGCGCCAGAUAUUCAAUUAACGUCAUUUCUCGUUUUUCUUGGGUUUCAGCUAACAAAGUGACCGGGACUGUAAAGUGGUUCAACGUGAAGAGCGGGUACGGAUUCAUCAACAGGUUAGUAACGAUCUACCCAAGUUUUUCUUCCGUCCUUUUCUCCUCUCCCCUCCCGUCGAAUCCGGGAUUUCGGAGGAACUUGGAACUCGGUGCAAAUGAGAGAGCUUCUCCAGCGUUGAUUCACUCGCGUCUCCGGCUCGUUUCGAGUACGUCGUUCAGCCAAUUACGUCCGUCCGUCCGCGGUUCUUUAUCUUUCGCUAUUUCUAGCGGAUUCUCCUAUCCGCUUCCCCACCUCGGGCCAUCCUCCUACCCCUCCCCAUGCUUUUUCUCUACUAGUUCCUUUUCAUCCUUCUUCGCACCGUACUAUAUACAUACCGUGAUUUACAUACAUAUAUACAUACAUACGUGCAUGCAUGCAUGCAUGCAUGCAUGCAUACAGGUAUAACGGAUGCGCUAUACGUUUGGAUAGUAGCCAAAGCAGCAGCAAAGCACGACAUUACGGAUUUUCGUUACGUUGCCCGUUUCCUCGAUUCAAUUUUUCCCGCCUUAACCGUUCUAGUGCGGCGGGCUGUUUAAAAAGUCGUGUCGGCUUGGCGCAUAGCUAGUGCUUCCUCGAUGUGAAAAAUGCCAAGCAACGUAACGAGCAAACGUCUCGAGUAUGUUUCAAAUAAUGUUAUAAAUAUCGAGAAUUAUAAAUUGAUACAUUUCGACGCGAUGGCGCUUUCUUCACAUAUAUAACUACGUGAGAGUAUGUCGAGAUGAAAGCAGAUAAAGUAAAAACUAUCCGUGCCUAUUUAUACACGUGGUUUAAGUGGCCGCUAUUUCUAGUGGCUGCGUGGCACUAAAACUGCGGUCCCAACGAUUUUGGAGGAAAUUUCGCGAGUUCGAGCAAAUCGCCACCGUUCAUUCGCACCGUUGCUCGUGCCGUUCCUGCCGAUUCAAUGGUACCGUUUCCACGGUGGUAGAGGAAAUCGUGUCUGUACACUCAUUGGAUCGCAGACGGAGAUACUUGUCGCUCGAUCCAUGUUCUCAGACGCACAAGAAAUUUCUAUCCAAUUGCAAAUUCUGAUAUCUCGUCUCCGCUUCUUUUUUUUAUGCCUUCUUUCGUUUGAACGACUCAUUUCAUUCAACGACUCGGUUCGAUCUGUUUCAGGAACGACACCAAGGAGGAUGUAUUUGUCCAUCAAGUAAGUAGCGCGGAUUUAAAACUCUGAUUGAAGAGACGUAUCGGCAUAUGCGAAUAGAAUUAUUGUUGAUCACGGUGAUAAUAAUUCCUGCACGUCUCCACAGUCAGCCAUCGUCAAGAACAAUCCAAGGAAGGCUGUGCGCAGUGUCGGUGACGGCGAGGUAGUCGAAUUUGACGUAGUAAUAGGCGAGAAGGGUCAUGAAGCGGCCAACGUUACCGGUCCAUCCGGGGAAGCAGUAAAAGGUUCGCCUUAUGCUGCCGAUAAGCGACGCGGAUACCGCGGAGGUCAUUGGUACAUCAGUCAAAGACGUGGGAACACUCGAACUCAACGUAGACCUCGGGAAGGUCAGGACGGUUACGAAACCGGCGAGGGUAAGACCGGAGACGAAGGGAACACCGGCGAGGGAGGCGGACAGCAGCGACGUUACAGAGUUCGACGACAAUACGACGGCUACUAUCGCGGCUCGCGCCGUUCCGGCCCGUCGGCGCAACAACAAGGCGACAACUCCGGCGAGAGUGGCGAACAAGGUGGCGAGAUCGGCGACGGCGGUGUACCACGCGGCGGUGGCCGCGGACGCGGAGGGCCAUCUCGCCGUUACUUCCGCCGUAAUUUCCGCGGGGGAAGAGGUGGCGGACCUCCGCGUCGUCCUCGUAGCCAGGACGGCCAA